GUUCACUCCUGUGAUCUCGUCCCCCGCCGCCAGAGUCCCCUCCAGAGCAGCAGGGGUGUUGUCAAAGACCUGACAGAGAUCCCAGUUACAGGAAAUAAGGUUAUCUUGUCCGAUCCCAGUCCGUCUUGCAUCUCAAACCACAUUCAGGGCCGCUUUCACCACCAGUGACAACAUGGCAAUGCCGAUGGAACUUGAGCUGAAGCAUGUGGAGCUGAGAGCUGGAGACCAGUUCAAAGUACAGGGGAGGAAUAUGGAUGCGGCUGAGAGGUUUCAGAUCGACCUGGGCUGUGAUGAAGACCACCUGGCACUGCACUUUAACCCACGCUUCAAUGAUGACACUGAUGGUACUGUGCUCAUGUGCAACUCAAAGAUUGCCGGCUGCUGGGGAGAUGAGAAGAGGGAGAUCCACAAUCCACUCCACAUUCAAGGUGUGAAAAUGGAGAUUGUGCUGAAGCUGACGGGUGACAUGUUUGAAGUGGAGAUGACUGAUGGACAGGAGAUCCAGUUCCCCAAUCGUGAGGGCCUAGACGUCAUUACCUACAUUCGUAUCAAAGGAGACCUCAAACUUACUUCUUUCAAAAUCUACUAGACCACAAAAUAUGAGGGGUGAUUUAGUUAGAUCAAUGGGUUAGGACUAUGUUGACAUUGUAAACAUGAACAUAGUCAGAAACUGAAAAAACCUCUUGACAAUGUGCCCUUGAGCAAUGUACAAUAAAGCACCGCUUUUAUUAUUCUA